AUGCCUGGCGUUGAGGUCAACAAGCUAAAGUUCCUUGUAAACUGCGGCGCGUUUACCCGUUACCUGACUAAUGCCCAAUCUGGUGUCCUGGCACUGCCGGUAUAUGACCGAAAUGAAAAUAACGAGGUUAUUGUGUAUGUUGGUGAGGUGUUUUGCCGUGUUGUGGACUGCGAGUAUAGCCGAAAGACAGUUGGCCUUCGUGAGUACCUGAAACUGGCCUAUACGGAGUAG